AUGGCCAACGGAAUCAAGCCUAAGCUUAGACCCCUCCUAGCCACCAUCUCCUUCCUCAUCCUCUUCGGCCUGUCCUGCGGCCGAUUGAUCUCCGACCAAUCGGAUCUCGUCUCAGACGGAAUCCCCGCCUCCAGGCUUUCGCCGUUCAUCCGCCUCCCAGCGGCGGAGGCAGAGGAGGAGGGCGCCUGCGAGCAGACCUACGGCUUCAUGCCGUGCACCACCACCGCGCUCGGAAACCUCUUUCUGAUCCUGGUGUACGGAUACCUGAUGUUCCUCGCCGCGACUUACCUCUCCACCGGCAGCGAGCUCCUGCUCGAGAUCCUCGGCCCGGGGCUCGUCGGCGGGCUGUUCCUUCCCAUGCUCGGAGCGCUUCCUGAUGCUAUGCUUAUCCUCGUGUCUGGACUGUCUGGAAGCCCUGAAGUUGCUCAAAGCCAGGUGUCAGUUGGAAUGGGGCUUUUAGCCGGAUCAACUGUCAUGCUACUCACUGUAAUCUGGGGUACCUGUAUUUUAGUUGGGAAGUGUGACAUCGAAAAUAAUAUUGCCAUAGACUCCCAAGACACGAAAGGCUUCAGCUUGAGUGGUUCUGGCAUUACUACUGAUAUUUGGACGAGCUAUGCAGGCAUUAUCAUGGCUGUAUCUGUGUUUCCUUUCGUAAUUGUCCAGUUACCUCAAAUCUUGCACAUAAACUCCGGAAGACACUUGACUGUCUUGAUUGGCCUGAUUGCAUCUGCUUCGCUUUUGGUAUCCUAUUGCCUGUACCAGGUGUUCCAGCCUUGGGUUCAAAGAAGGCGACUUGCUUACGCAAAGCACAAGCACGUCAUAUCAGGAAUCUUGAAGCAUUUAAAAAUGCGUGCUCUUGGGAAACUCUCCACGGACGAUGGGAGACCUAAUGAUGAAGUCUUGACAAAGUUGUUUAAAGCGAUUGAUGACAACAACGAUGGUCACCUAUCGCACUCAGAACUAAGAGCUCUGAUUGUUGGGAUUCAGUUUAACGAGAUCAACUUGGAUGAGAAUGAAGCCGUGGAGAAAGUGAUGCGGGAUUUCGACAUCAGCCUCGACUCUCAAGUCGACCUGCCCGAAUUUAUUCAAGGAGUUGGGAAAUGGCUUGAGGAGGCUAAGGGUGGCAAAGCCUCUCAUAAUGCUGGUGGCUCAAUGAAGUACAUUGAUGAAUACCACCAGCAAACAAAGAGAGAGCACGACCUUCUGGGACUGGGAGAACAAAGUGACGAGAUUGUCGAGGGUGUCGAAAAUCCUCAAUGGACUACUUUCAAAGCUGUGCUUUUUUUGCUGAUUGGAACUCUCAUUGCAGCUGCAUUUGCAGAUCCUCUCGUUGACGCUGUCGAUAAUUUCUCAAACGCCACAAAUAUCCCUACCUUCUUCAUUUCUUUUAUUGCUUUGCCGUUGGCUACCAACUCGAGUGAGGCGGUCUCGGCCAUCAUUUUUGCCAGCCGGAAAAAACUUAGAUCUGCUUCGUUAACAUUUUCCGAGCUGUACGGGGCCGUAACCAUGAACAACGUGCUCUGCCUAUCGGUCUUCUUGGCCCUCGUUUACAUGAGGGGUUUGGUGUGGGACUUUUCUUCCGAGGUGCUCGUUAUCCUCAUCGUGUGUGUUGUGAUGGGAGUGUUUGCUAGUUUCCGAACGACUUUCCCGAUUUGGACUGCAUUGUUGGCUUUCUUGCUAUACCCGUUCUCAUUGGCGCUCGUUUAUGUUCUCGACUAUGUCUUUGGCUGGUCGUAG